UUGAUGGAACAACUUUCUACAUUUAGGUGUGAGCCCUUUCCAACAUAUCCAAGAACUUAUGAUAUGGUGCAUGCACAAGGACUUCUUUCUGUUGAAACUGAUCAACAGCGCAGGUGUACCAUUCUUGAUUUAUUCACUGAGAUUGAUCGAUUGCUUCGUCCAGAGGGCUGGGUGAUCAUCCAUGACAAAGCUUCUCUCAUUGAAUCAGCAAGAGCUUUGACAACAGGUUUGAAGUGGGAUGCACGGGUGGUAGAGAUUGAAAGUAACAGUGAUGAGAAACUACUGAUAUGCCAAAAGCCCUUCUUUAAGAAACAAGCAAACUAAUAGUGAGGAGUUUCCAAAGGAAGCCUGGGAUGGUGGUAUAUCACUUCAUUCAUAUUCAUUUACUUAUUUUAAUCAAAUCAUCAUAAAGCUCCGCCAUUGAAGUGGAGGCAUCAAAAGUUUGGACAGAAGAAGAAACCAAAGAAACAGGCAAGGAAAGAAAAUCAGUUACCCAACUGGGUAAAAGCGACACUACUCCUGUGAAGCCGUAAGGCUGUCAUAGGUACAUAGGGCAUGUAAUUAUUAUGGUAUUGAGGUCCGGAGCAAUUGAGAGAGAAGUGUAGGAUAAAAUUUAAUCUUCCAUGUAAUUUCUCAUUGUAACUAUACAACCACAUGAUUAAGAUUGGAAGAUGAUUACAGA